CCCUUAGUGCUAAGAUAUAUUCAUAUAACUCCCACGUAUUAAAUGAAAAUACAUACAUCUAAAAAUAAAACAACAAGAUUGCUGCUACACCAAGAAAGGAUUUUAAAAAGGCCUGUUCACAAGCUAAGUGAGGGCCAGAGGAGAGGCGUUCGUUUAAACUGAAAUUCGAGCUGCGAUAACACCUCCUAAUGCAAUCAAACGCUGUUGCAGCACACUUCUUAGGAGAUCGGGUUCAACUGCAGGGACUGGGUAAGGUGAGAAUCUGGCUUGGCGGCUCCGGCCCCGGCCAUCUGGUUCCCUCCCAUUUAUAAAGCGUGUUGGGCUCCGGCCGCCACCAUUCACUCGACGGCUCUCGGCCCGAACGCUUGGUCGCACCGCCUGCCGAGGUCCUAGAUGAAUCGCUUCAGGCCUGGAAACGAGGAAGCCGUCUCCGGAGACCAUCGCCAACGCUGACGCCCGCGGUCUGAGGUCGUCGUGGGAAGAGCGGUAGGCCACUCUGCUCCUCUGAUCACCGGAGGACAGGGACACACUGUUCAGGGCCAUCUUCAAACACUGCCCGCAGUAUUUGCGUUACGUCCCUUGGUCAAGGCAGGCCCUUCGCGGCUCCCCAGAUCAGUCCAGCCUGUGUCGGACCCGAUGACUAACCACACCAGAACCCAUAACAGCCUGCGGAAGAGCCAGAAGCCGCCUUGCCUUUAACGAGCGCUAUCCUGGCGAACAUGCGCAGACCGUCCGCGCACGUCGGCGCCUGCUGAGAGCAAGCGCAACGGACGUUUACGUUGGUGACGCCAGGGAGCGUGAGGACGAGAGGCUUCCGUGAAUGCGCAGUGGGUGCGUCGGCCACGACCUUUUGGCCAGGUUAGGGAGGGGGCGACGCUGAGAUGGGGGCGGCGGCGGCGGAAGCGGAUCGCACUCUCUUUGUGGGCAACCUUGAAACGAAAGUGACCGAGGAGCUCCUUUUCGAGCUUUUCCACCAGGCUGGGCCAGUAAUAAAGGUGAAAAUUCCAAAAGAUAAGGAUGGUAAACCAAAGCAGUUUGCGUUUGUGAAUUUCAAACAUGAAGUAUCUGUUCCUUAUGCAAUGAAUCUACUUAAUGGAAUCAAACUUUAUGGAAGGCCUAUCAAAAUUCAAUUUAGAUCAGGAAGUAGUCAUGCCUCGCAAGAUGUCAGUUUGUCAUAUCCCCAGCAUCAUGUUGGAAAUUCAAGCCCUACCUCCACAUCUCCUAGCAGCAGGUACGAAAGGACUAUGGAUAACAUGACUUCAUCAGCACCAAUAAUUCAGAGAUCUUUCUCUUCUCCAGAAAAUUUUCAGAGACAAGCAGUGAUGAACAGUGCUUUGAGACAAAUGUCAUAUAGUGGAAAAUUUGGUUCUUCACCUCUGGAUCAGUCAGGAUUUUCACCAUCAGUUCAAUCACACAGUCAUAGUUUUAACCAGUCUUCAAGCUCCCAGUGGCGCCACGGUACACCAUCAUCACAGCGGAAAGUCAGAAUGAAUUCUCAUCCCUACCUAGCAGAUAGACAUUAUAGCCGGGAACAGCGUUACACUGAUCAUGGGUCUGACCAUCAUUACAGAGGAAAGAGAGAUGAUUUCUUCUAUGAAGACAGGAAUCACGAUGGCUGGAGCCAUGACUAUGAUAACAGAAGAGACAGUACUAGAGAUGGAAAAUGGCGCUCAUCUCGACACUAACACAUGUUAAAAGGACGUUGUUUUUAUAGGGUCAUUUUAGGCCCUUUGACUAAGUUGAUAUGGAAAUAUUUUGUUGAAAAACUGUACAGAGCAGCUUUACAAGUUGUCACAUUUCUUUAUACAUUUUUUUAAAGCUACAGUUUAAUACAAAAUGAAUUGUGGUUUUAUUACAUUAAUAACCUUUCACCUCAGGGUUUUAUGAAGAGGAAAGGGUUUUAUGCAAAAGAAAAUGCUACAAUUCCUAAUCAUUUUAGACACUUUAGGAGGGGGUGAAGUUGUAUGAUAAAGCAGAUAUUUUAAUUAUUUGUUAUCUUUUUGUAUUGCAAGAAAUUUCUUGCUAGUGAAUCAAGAAAACAUCCAGAUUGACAUUCUAAAAUGGCUACUGGUAUUUUAGUUAAUUCAAAAAUGAAACUUUUCAGUGAUUCACUUUACUAACAUUCUUUUUGAGAAGGCUUAUUGGUAAAGUUUGGGGAUAAAGGCAUUGCUUAACUUCUUAUAUAAUUUAGGUAUAAAUUCUGUGACAUGCUCUUGAGCUUUACCCUAAUUGAACAUACAUGUGUAGAUCUACACAUACUGUUUCAUUCUAAAAUUUAGAAAUUGUUCAUUAAAUCACAUUUGAGGUAUAAGUCACUCAGGAAGUUAAAAUAUCUCUACACGUAUAUUUUUACAUUAAAAAUACAGUGUUAGCAUAAAUCCCCUUUUCAGGAAGAACAAAAAUGUCAGUGCAUAGUUAGAUAAAAUGGUAAAAUGUUUUACUGAAAGCAUACUUUUUUGGAAAAAAGAUUCAUGAAGCCUUUAAGUGCUGCUUCUGUCAGUCAAACGUUGAAAACUUUAACAUUUUCAAAGUGCCCAGAAUGUGUACAAAGACACAUGUAAUGGAGGUUGUACAGGUUGUUUUUUUGUUUGAACCUUUGAAAGAAUUUAAUGUUAACAUUUUCUAAUUUUAAAAUUUUAAAAUCUUGUUUAACAAAAACUUGUAUUAAGAUACUGUUUUCAUUUCAUUACAGAAUUGUUUAUAAAAGUACAUUUGUUGAAAAAUAAGGAUCCUUUUUAAUACCACAGCAUUUGUACUGUUCCUUUUUAAUAUACUGAAAAUAUAAAA